GGAUCCUUGGGACAUUCAAAGGCCAAAGUUGAAUAUGAAGCCACUGUCUGUCAACAGUAUCUGUCAGCCGACUCCGCCCAUUGAAAAGUUUAAUACGCCAUUAACAUAGGAAGAUCAGGGGGACUAAGGGUGCUGAAGAACUGAGUUCAGUAGCCUUCCUGAUUGAGAGAUCUCUCUGAGCAGCAUGGUCUUAAAGAGACAUUAGACGAUAUGGAGCUUGAGGGAGACCCUGAAGUCGUGAGUGGGAGUGUCAAGGAGGAGAGAGUUGAGUCACCUGGUCUCAGCUGCCUGUCUAUGAAGAGUAACAAGUCAAUGUUUGAACCCAUUCACUUCAGAGGAGAAACCAUGCCCCCGGAUCUAAGGGCCAGUUUGCUGACUGUACAUCAUUUCAGAUGCCCUUUGUGUUCAGAUGUGAUGACAAACCCGGUCUCCAUUCCCUGUGGACACAGUUACUGCAGGCAGUGUAUCAGCACACACUGGGCCCAGCCCGGCCAUGCAGGAAACUAUGUGUGCCCCCAGUGCAAUAAGAGAUUCAGAGCCAAGCCUGUGCUCUACACUAACGCAGCCUUGGCCAAGGUGCUCCACGAGCUCCAGCAGGCAGGCUUCAGUCCUGCCCUCCCUGCUCUGGGCUACGCUGGGCCCGUGGAUGUGGCAUGUGAUAUAUGCUCUGGCCAGAAGCUGAGGGCGGUUAAGUCCUGUUUGACCUGCACUGUCUCCUACUGUGAGCCUCACGUCAGGCAGCACUACACCAUCCCAGCUUUGCAGAGACACACCCUGGCCGAUGUCAUUGGAUACGGUGGACACAAAGACCACCAUGGUAACACUGGAAAGACAGAGAGAAUCAAAGAGGAGAGGAAUAAUGAGAAUGAGGUGGCGGGGAGCGUCUCUAAAAAGAUGAAGAUGGGGGAAGAAGAUUCUGAGCUGAAGAAAAUCAUCUCUGAGCUGAAGAAGGAGAAUUCAGUAUUAAAACAAGAGGCAAUUGAGAAACAACGGAUGGACAUCAGAACUGCUGACCUGUAUAAGACCAUCAACAAACUCCGCUCAGACCUUCAGCAGAAAGCAGCUGAGACUGAGAGAGGAAACCUGGAGAAUAUUACAGCUGGCUGGGUGGAGGUGCCAGCUCUGGGUCGGCCCAUUCACCCUGGAAUGCUGUAUGACUGUUGCUCUGAGUCCUUCACUCCAGACUUCUUGUGUGACUCAGACAAUAAGAUAAAAAGGAAAAUAUCCCUGCCGUUCCCAUUCACUGAGACCAAGGUAAUAGAGACAGACUCUCUGCAGGAAAGGUUCAGAGCUCUGGGACUGGAUCAGCCAAUCAGAACCAGUUUCCUGUCUGGACUGGUGGAUGUGGGAGGAGCUGCAGAGUAUCUAAACCAUCCUCUCCUGCACAAAGGGGACUAUGUGACUCUGCACUACAAGAGAACCACCCGACUGGAUCAGUUGACUUUCUUCCUGUUAGAGAAGGUGAGGCGUCCUGAAGUGAUUCAGCAGCAAACAUCCACACACAUGGUCAUGGCUGUGACAUAUGGAACUCAGGCCUUCAUCGUUUGUAAGACCAACAGAACAUGGACCAUGAGCAAAGUUAUCAAUAAACUGAAGAAAAUGAUCCAACUUCUCACAGCAGAGGACGGAGCUGCUCAACUAGCUAAAUCUUCUGGUCUCACCUGUACCUACUAUGGAGAUCUUGAGACAAAUAGAGGUGAUAGAGAGAUAACUGAUCUCAGUGAGUCCUUCCUUAAGCUGCUGGGGCCCAGUGGAGAGAAGGCUGUUCCUCUGAGAAUUUGGCUCUGCCCUCUGAAGAACCUGAACCCUGCAGCAACCUGUGUGAGGGAGAUCAGUGAAGACUUGCAGUCCAGGGUAGAGAGAGAGAUGGAACACUACAGAUACACAGGCACAAGGUGUGAGGAGAUAUUAAAGCAUGAGUGGGUCAGUAAAGUUCAGGACCUGAAAGAUAAAUUGAUCAAUUUUAUAGAUCUCAUUCAACAGUACCUAGCUCAACUGCAGAAACUGAUGGGUAGAAUUUUGGUGUCUGUGAGGUCAGGAGUGCAGGAGGAGAAAGCUGUUGAAGAGGAGAUGAAAGGUCAUGAUCUGUCCCCGUUCAGAAUGGAAGCAACAGGACAGUGGCUGGAUGACAAACAGGCUGAGCUGAAGUUCCUUGAAUCUCUUGACUCUAAAAUCAGAUCUAAGAUGGUGUCUACAGACCAGCUGCAAAAAGUCAUUAGUAAUUCAAAGACAGACACUGUGGUGUGUUUCACUCUCACCUCUCUGGGUGAAACAGACCUGUAUCUCUCAUCCCUGAAGCAGCAUCUUGACUCCCUACAGACAUACUCACAGACCAGGCCUGUCCACCGCUACCAGCACACUCAACCCUGGUUCAAGUCUGAGGAGAACAAGGAGAGAGUAACAACGGCAGCUAGAGCUUUUCUUGAUUUCGUUAAGGUCACCAAGAAACUCAAGUUCGUUGCAACCUCCAUUCCAAAUGAUUCCACUCCUGGAGCCUCCAUCCGUCUCUACCAGGGAGGCAGGUUAGUGGACUCUGACUAUGAAGCUGUGUCAAAGCCUGAGACUGUUAAGGUAGUAGACACAGAGCAGAGUAGUGUGACCCUCCUCUUAUCCCCGUCAAAGACUGGACACACUGACAGGUUCAGAGUGGAGUACAGACCUGUCAGACCUGACCUGUUCUUUCUCCAUGAGGAGAAGAACUGGAGAAGCAUGACGACCGGAGAAAAUGGGAACGCCUUAGUGAUAUCAGGCCUGGAGAGAGAUACACAGUACCAGAUCAGACACAGAGCAGAGGACAUGGCAGGAGUGACUAGUGAGUUCAGUGACAUCACAGUGGCAGAGACUGGGUCAGGGUCUGAGCCUGGGCGUCCGGUAGUCCAGUCAGCAGACAGAAACUCGGUCAGUCUGACCUGGAGAAGACCAGUGGAGGCUGCAAAGGGACGGCCUGUGCUCCACUACAGACUGGAGUACAGAGAGGAGGGACAGGACGAGUGGGUCAUACUGCUAACAGACAGGGACGAGUGUGUGUACUCCCUAACACCCACACACACCUCUUGCAGAGUCAGAGUGUGUGCCAUCUAUAGAGAGGGAGACAUGAGUGAACCUAGCAAAGAAACAGUCAUCCCACUGGCAGCUGAUGUGACUCUGGACCCUGAUACAGCUCACUGUGAGUUGAUCCUGUCUGAUAAUGGGAGGAGAGUGACAGCAGGAAAAAAUAGGAAGGUUCCUAAUAACCCACAGAGAUUUGAUGGGUGGUCCUGUAUCCUGGGAAAGGAGGGCUUCCGCUCUGGACGACACUUCUGGCACGUGGAGGUGAAUAUUGAGGUGGAGGCAAGUUGGGCUGUAGGAGUGACCAGAGAGUCUGCUGAAAGGAAAGGAUGGUUCUCUUUCUCUCCAAAUGAAGGUUACUGGUGUCUAAGUAAACCUUCUUGUAGUUCCACCCUGUGUGUCUUCAAGACCAACCUCCCCUGGCCCUCUAACCUCAAAGUGUUGGAUGUGUGUGUGGAUAUUGAGGAGAGGUGGGUCUCCUUCUACAACGCCGUGUCCAGGAGUCACGUUUACACCAUCACUGACAUGGUCUUCACUAAGGGAGAGAGGAUCUACCCACUGUUUCGAACUUAUGGAAGAGAUAAAGGCCUUGUGAUCCAGGAGCUGAAAUAGACUUCCAGGCAUCAUAAGAACCCUUGAACAGAAAAGUGGGCAGUCAUCCAAAGAGCAGACAACAUUAGAGGUUCAGAGUGCGUCCUAAUUAUCUCCCUUUGUCCCAUAGUGUGCACUUGCUCACCCCCCUUCACUGAUUUGAAAGAAAAUGACUGGUAUAAGAAAUAUGGUGGAAACUAACUCCCACUAGCACAUGGCUCCACCGAUCCAAAAUAUUAAUGGGGAGUAAUGAACGAGUGCACACUUCAGGAGGAAGGAGAGAUUUUUGGGACACAGACUCAGCGUGUACGACGUUCUGAUGCGGUUUAGGGAAUUCCAUAAUCACACACCAGUGCUGUACCUCCCUCUAGUGGCUGGUGUCUGCAGCACAUAUGUCUGCCAAUGUGUGAAUAGAAAUCUCCAGGGGGUCAGCAUUUCUAAUCCCCCAUAUAUUUUUUGGGGUAAAUAUACAUAUACAUACAUACAUACAUACAUACAUUGUAUAUAAACAUACCUAUAUUUUCCUUUAUUAUUUUCCUCUAACCCUACUACCCUUGGUUAGUGGAGAUGGAGGAGACUGAAACAAAAACAUGCUUAAAGUACUUCCUCUUGUUGUGGGACAUUCUAAUCAAGUGAGCGUUAGACUUUGUCAUUUCUUCAAUCAAUGUAUCUUUAUUACAUAAUUAUUGUUAAGCAUACAUUUAAACAAACAAAAUACAUCUUUCUGGUGCCUGACAUUUCCUCCAUGGUAAACAACCUUCAUUUGAGUUGCUGAGUUUAAUACCUUAUUUAUCAAAACACUGACUCUGGAAAAUAAUACAAAAAACAUACAAUUAACGUCACACACACGCUUCAUUACAGCAAAUGGGACAAUCAUCCUGCUGACAACUAGCACUGUGGUGGGGUCAGUGUGAUGGAAAGGUCAAUUAUGUUUAGAACCCUUCCUAAACCAGUGACAGAGACCCCUCUUUGGGCACUUUGUACACACAGUGUGGAACAUGAGCUCUACAUUUGGGCCCUCAUGCUCAGGAUUGGGGUCCUCAUCAUCAGAGAUGUUGUCAGGAAUAGGGAAUAGGUCAGGGAAAUCAUUCAGUUUCCAAAUCAUAAUUAAAACCCAAUUAUCCAACCGAAUUUAGAAUGACAUUGCUCAGUGAUUCACGUUGGUUCUAUCACUCAAAGUUAAACCCUCAACUUAGCACACAUCGGCUCUAGCAGAAUGUACAUUAACAUUAACAUACAGUGUGAUUAUCCAUAAUUCUAGCAUGAACUUUCUGGUUGAUAAUUACAGAUCAGUAUCUCAAUGCAUUCUUAGUCUAAAUUACUAUACAUUUCGCAGUGUGUAGACCUCUACAAUCAACUUAAUACCCCAAUACAGGCACAGUUGACCAACCCCUUUCCCUCCCCGUCACUCAGUCUUCUGGAGUCUCUUAAUUUUCUUCUUCAGAUAGCUUUAAAGUUAGUCCUCCCGAUGGCACACAUGUUCAAAGUGGAUGGCCCUUGAUAAUGUCUUUCACAUUGUCCUUUACAGUCCGUUAUGACUUGUCCAUCUGCCAACCAGUAUACCAGCAACACGAGAGAAGUUUGCUCACUCCACGUGGACUUCUGUCGCACUCCUGAGAGAAAAGGCAUGAGAGCACAGGCAGUUGAUAGCAGCGACUGGAUGCUGUGUACAUGUUGCUGGCUCGGACUCAGGUCUCACGGUAAAAGUGGUGAAGGACCAUACUGAACGCCAUUUUCUCCUCAUUACUUCAGACGGUUAGAGGGGGUUUAGGUUCACACUUUUCUCAGUCAAAUUGUCCCUUUCAUGCAACUAGAUUUGUAUUUAUUAUUUAUUUUAUUUAACCUUUAUUUAACUAGGCAAGUCAGUUAAGAACAUAUUCUUAUUUACAAUGACGGCCAUCUGUGGUCCAAAGAUACCAUCUGAGGUCACCUUUGCCAUAACCUCGAGAGAGGACAGAUCAGAACAACAGUUUAGUUUAGGGCAUUUCUGAGUCAAGAAAUCCAGACAAAUGAUUUACUGUAUGACAAGUUAUUACUUCUACCAAUAUUCUUAAUACGCAUUUCUAAGACACAUGUCAAAGAGAAUAGCUACAUAUACUCCCCCAUCAUAUCGACGGCCUCACUGCAGAGCUACAGGGAGGGAGUUAGGUGGCUAAUUCUUAGGGAGAAAUUUUGAUCAUCCAGCAGACCCAAUCUGGUGAGAUUCAUAUUAAAGCAAGACAGGAAAGGGAUUUUUUAUCAAUCAUGACUAAUUAUGUAUAGAUUUCAAUCAGGACUGACUAGUCAGAAUACUAUUAUGUUACUGUAUAGAUGUAUGAAUUUUAUUUUAAUCCUAGUACUGAAUAUAAUGUGUGUAAAUAUAAUCAAGAAUUAGAACAAUGACUGUCUGUUCCUUGGUAGAAAUGAAUGAACUUAUCGCUAGACUGGCUAGAAUGCUUAUCUACACAGGCAGACCUUGGCUCGGUCGUAAAUUAUCUAAAUUAGGAGAGACGAUGUGGGAAGGCUUGAGAACUAUACAGCCUUUGUACCAGGGUGAAGAAGAGACGGGACAGUUCGAAAACGAAUGACGUCAUUUUCAGUUUGUAACCUGUGGUAAAAUGUAUCGUGUUCAGUACUCUGGAGAAUAAACGCUGCUGAUUGAUUUUAAA